AUGGAUUCCUUAUCACGGUUUUUUCCUUUGUCAGGCUUUAAUUCUUCAUCUUCUUCAUUAUCAUCUUUAUCAUCCUCUUCAUCAGAUAAUGUUAUUGACACGAUGAUUCAACGUAAUCAAGACGCCUUUCGUGAAAUUUUAAAUUCAGUGAACCCAGAGAUAAUAGAGCAAGUUUUUAAACCGCCUUAUGACGACUAUUUCAUCCAAAAAAGGGAUGCAAUAGGUCAUUUAGGGUUAUCUUCUAUACAAAAGAUGACAACUGUAAUAUGUAUACUCGCAUAUGGUUGUGCAGCUGAUCAUUGUGACGAGUAUAUUAAAAUUGGCGAGAGCACUGCCAUUGAAACCCUAAUGACAUUUUGUAAGGCCGUUAUUGGUGUGUAUGGGGAAGAGUACAUGCACCCACCUAAUGAAGCCAAAAUAGCACGACAACUUCAAGAAGGGGAGGAGAGAGGAUUCCCAGGUAUGCUUGUUUUUAUCGACUGUAUGCAUUGGGAGUGGAAGAAUUGUCUUGUGGCAUGGCAUGGCAUGCACAAAGGAUGCUCUCAUACGCCUACGCUCAUAUUGGAGGCGGUUGCCUCAAAAGAUUUAUGGAUCUGGCAUGCAUUUUUUGGAAUGUCGGGUUCAUACAAUGAUAUUAAUGUGCUGGAUCAUUCUUCCGUAUUCGACAGUAUCGUUACUGGCCAAAUUCCUCCGGUUAAUUUCGUUGUGAAUGGCCAUUACCAUACAAUGGGGUAUUACCUAUCUGAUGGUAUAUACCCUAAGUGGGCAACUUUGAUGCAGAUUAUCUCGCAACCAACUACAGUAAAAGAAAAACUUUUUGCUCAGAGAUAA